AACCGAACCCCUUCUCCCAUCACACCCCGUCACGGCACCCAGUCACCCACCACCUCCGAUCAGUUGCCUCGCUGCUACAAGCGCGCUAGCUUUCCCCUCCUCCAUCUCGCAACCGCCGCCCAUCUUGCGGCCGCCUCCCGCCCUGGCCGGGCCCCUGUCCAGUGAGUCUUCCCGAAACGGUCGCUGGGUCCUCCCGCGCCGCGCCCACGCCCCCCCGGGUCCUCUGCUACUUUAACGCGCCCGCGCCGGCCGCCACGCCAAGAGCGCCGCUCCCCCUCGUGCCGUGCGUGCCUCCUUCUACCUUCUUCUCCCCCCGCGCCGUCCCGCGUGCUGCAGGAAGGAGCGGAGCAGAGACAUUAUCCCGGGCACACGACACGCGCGCCGACACCGAGGCGACCGCUGUAGGAAGGAGCGGAGCAGGGAUGGGGGACGCGCCGCCGCCGGGCUCGGCCGGCGGCAGCAGGGCCCAGAAGACCUACUUCGACGUGCUGGGGAUCUGCUGCCCCUCCGAGGUGCCGCUCGUCGAGAAGCUCCUCGGCCCGCUGCCGGGCGUCCGCAAGGUCACCGUCAUCGUCCCCUCCCGGACCGUCAUCGUCGUCCACGACGCCGACGCCACGUCCCCGGCGCAGAUAGUCAAGGUGCUGAACCAGGCAAGGCUUGACGCUUCUGUUCGAGCUUACGGCAGCGGCACAAAGAAGAUAAUGAACAAAUGGCCCAGCCCAUACGUUCUUAUCUGUGGAGCUUGUCUGCUCGUAUCACUGUUCGAGCACUUUUGGCGUCCCUUGAGAUGGUUUGCACUGGGGGCGGUGGCUGCAGGCUUGCCACCGAUCGUUCUGAGAAGCAUUGCAGCUGCCCGGAGGCUGACCCUUGAUGUCAAUAUACUCAUGCUGAUUGCAGUUUCUGGGGCAAUAGCUCUGAAGGAUUUCUCUGAGGCUGGGUUCAUUGUUUUCCUAUUCACCACAGCUGAAUGGCUUGAGACCAGGGCGAGCCACAAGGCAACUGCUGGGAUGUCAUCACUAAUGAGCAUGACACCACAAAAGGCUGUCCUAGCAGAGACUGGGGAAGUGGUUGCAGCUCAGGAUGUCAAGGUCAAUACAGUAAUAGCUGUAAAAGCUGGGGAAGUCAUCCCAAUUGAUGGUGUUGUUGUUGAUGGACGGAGUGAGGUUGAUGAGAGUACCCUCACUGGGGAAUCCUUCCCGGUGGCAAAGCAGCCAGAGUCCCAGGUCUGGGCUGGCACGCUCAACAUAGAUGGCUAUGUUGCUGUGAGGACAACUGCUAUGGCUGACAACUCUGCAGUGGCAAAAAUGGCAAGGCUAGUUGAAGAAGCACAAAACAGUCGAUCCAAUACACAAAGGCUGAUUGAUACAUGUGCCAAGUAUUACACACCCGCUGUUGUUGUCAUGGCUGCGGCAGUAGCAGUGAUCCCUGUGGUGGUCAGAGCACACAACCUCAAACACAUGUUUCAAUUGGCCCUUGUCCUUCUAGUGAGUGCUUGCCCAUGUGCUCUGGUGCUGUCGACACCAGUUGCCACCUUCUGUGCUCUACUCACGGCUGCAAAGACAGGGCUCCUGAUCAAAGGAGGGGAUGUCCUUGAAUCCUUGGCGAAGAUCAAAAUUGCUGCUUUUGACAAGACCGGUACAAUUACUAGAGGAGAGUUCUGUGUCGAGGAAUUCCAGGCAGUUGGUGGGCGUGUCCCCAUACAACAACUUCUUUACUGGGUUUCAAGCAUUGAAAGCAGGUCAAGCCACCCAAUGGCAUCCGUGCUUGUUGACUAUGCUCAAUCAAAAUCAGUGGAACCAAAAUCUGAUAACGUUACUGAGUUCCAAAUCUAUCCCGGAGAAGGGAUAUAUGGUGAAAUUGACGGGGAAGGAGUUUAUAUUGGGAACAAAAGAAUUUUGUCAAGGGCCUCGUGUGAAACAGUUUCGGACAUGAAAGACAUGAAGAGAGUUACUAUUGGAUAUGUCGCCUGCAAAAAGGAAUUGAUUGGAGUAUUUACUCUGUCGGAUUCCUGCCGAACUGGAUCAGCGGAAGCCAUCAAGGAGCUGAGAUCACUGGGUAUUAAGUCAGUGAUGCUUACUGGGGAUAGUUCUGUAGCAGCUGCAUAUGCGCAGAACCAGCUUGGAAACAUCCUAGACGAGGUUCAUUCUGAACUUCUCCCAGAGGACAAAGUGAGAAUUGUUGAUGAACUCAAGGCAAAAUAUGGUCCUACGCUGAUGAUUGGUGAUGGCAUGAAUGACGCCCCAGCAUUGGCUAAGGCUGAUGUUGGAGUCUCAAUGGGUGUAUCUGGUUCAGCUGUUGCAAUGGAGACGAGUCACAUUACGCUGAUGUCGAAUGACAUCCGCAGGAUUCCAAAGGCUAUCCAGCUAGCACGGAGGACACACCGGACUAUCAUUGUGAACAUCAUCUUCUCAGUGAUUACUAAGCUUGCAAUUGUUGGACUUGCAAUUGCGGGACAUCCACUUAUUUGGGCAGCCGUCCUGGCAGAUGUGGGCACAUGCUUGCUGGUGAUCAUGUACAGCAUGUUGUUAUUGAGAUCCAAGGGUGGUCAGAAUGCGAAGAAAUGCUGUGCAUCCUCACAGCAUGGAUCACACGGAAAGAAGCAUUGUGUUUCCGACCACUGCUUAGAUGGUCCAUGCAAGUCGACAGGCGGUUGCAAAGAAUCGUCUUCUGGUAAGUAUGGUUGUCAUGAUCAUGGUAAUAGCCACACACACUGUAAAGAGUCGAGCAACCAGCAGCCUGCGGAAAAGCAUGCUUGCCAUGAUCACGGCCACGGCCACAGCCACAGCCACAGCCACAGCCACAACCACAACUACUGCAAAGAGCCCAGCAACCAGGUGGUUACAGAAAAGCAUGCUUGCCAUGACCAUGGACAUACUCAUAACCACCGCAAAGAGCCAGGCAAUCAGUUGCUUAUUGAAAACCAUGGUUGCCAUGAUCAUGUCCACACCCAUGACCACUGCAAGGAGCUGAGCAGCCCGCACUUCAUCAACAAGCAAGAUUGCCAUGACAAUGAUCAUACCCACUGCAAAGAAGCCCAUACUUGUCAGCAUUCUGACUGCAACAGCGCAUGCCCUGAGCAUGCGCAUAGCCACUGUGAAGAAGACAACCAUUCACAUUCUGCAGGUGAGCAUGCUUGCCAUGAGCAUGAGCACAGCCACUGUGAAGAGCGCAACCAUUCACAUUCUUUAGUUGAGCAUGCUUGCCACGACCAUGAUCAUGAGCACGAGCAUCACUGCCAUGCUGAGCAGCAGCCUGCGGAUACACACCACUGCCAUGACCAUGGGGAGAUUGAGGAAUCAGAAAAGGGCUGCCAUGCCGAGCAACAGCUCCACCACAACCAUUGCUGCCAUGAACCUCAUGGCCUGGAGAAGAAGAUUGCGGCUGAGCCAGUUCAAGAAUUCUCUAUCCCAAUCAGUUCACUACCUGAUGAGAAUCACAACCAGCAGAACCAGUGCAGCCACCACAGUGAAGAACACAAGGUGGAAGACUGCACGAACCAUCUGAAGGGAAAGGACUGCGUUCCACCUCCUGCAGACCGCUUGAGCAGAAACUGUUGCAAUGUGACUAGCAACAAGGGUUGCGGAAGCAAAGGGAAAGACGUCUGCUCGAGCUGGCAAGCUGUGUGCGCCAGGGAGACCAGCCGGUGCUGCAGGAGCUACGUGAAGUGCCCCAGGACGAGCAGCUGCUGCAGCCACACCAUGCUGAAACUGCCCGAGAUCGUGGUAGAGUAGGGUGAAAUGAAGUGUAUGCCCAUACGAACAGCUGAGGUAACUCAUCGGCGUAAGAUAGUAGGCUGCCGGUGCAGAGUGUUGGAUCUAGUUAUAAUGUAUGUAUAGGUUUGCUGAAGAAAAAGAUGUAGGAUUUUGAUCAGGCAGGAGUCUGAAAGGGAGGACUCUGCCUGGUUGUGUUCCCUGCACCUCUGUUUGCACCUCCUGUAAUGGUUGGUUCGAGGAGUUGCAACUGAGAAUAGUGUUUGAUGAGGUGCACUGGGAACUGCUAGUUUGGUGUGGUACUUCUUGAUAUUAUAGUUCCGUGGUUCUGUAAUGGAGCCCAAUUGCCGACGUA